AUGUUUCAACACCUCCGCCACCUCCGCCAGAACUCCCCCAUAUUCACAAGACACCCAGACCGCAGCCCGAUGUCGUCGCCAUCCCCGCAACCACCGCAUCUCUAUCCUCCCAGCACCCCCUCCCCCUCCCCCUCCACCACCUCCUCCUCCUCCCCCUCCUCCCCCUCCUCUCCCAAGUCCCUAGCCAAGCUCUGGCUGCACUCAGUGCGCUUACCGCGUUCCUCCUCCUCGUCGCCAGGCUCAUCCAAGUCAUCCACUCCGCCCACAAAGUGGAGAACCAUCAGCAACGACAGCAACCUCCUGCUGCAGGAGCUGCAGUCCGCCGUGCGCCCGUUCACGCCGACUGCCACGCCGAUCUCGGCCGCGUGCGAGGCGCACAAGCAUGAGCACCCUCUCGUCAAGGCCGCGGUCAAGCGCAUCUUCGAUCUGCGCCAUAGCUAUGAGUACGAGUCCAUCGCGAAGAUCACGGUCCAGGCGGCCGAUGUUCAGCGGAAAGGCGGAUGCGCGGCUUGCGGGCUGAAGGAGGGCGCCGAUGGUUGGAUGCUGGUUGGGUUGAGGGCCCUGGGGAUGAAUGCGAACGACGAGAUGUAUCGCGUCGUUGAGCGUGAGCUGCAAGAGAUCCUGCCGGAAAUGGAGGCGAGCGUGGAGGUCUUGUUGGCGCUAUUGGAGUUGGAGAGGAAGAUGGAAGCGACGCAAGAGAACGGAAGAUUGUGGGAGUUCGAGAGGAAUGUGGAACUGCCGGAUGAGAUGGAACUGCCGGAGGAGGACGAAGAAUCGUUGGAGUAUGACAGCCAGGAGGAACUGACGGAGGAAGAGGACGAAGGAUUUUUGGAGUUUGUGAGGAAGGUGAAUCUGAAGGAGAAGAUGGAACUGACCGAGGAGAACGACGAAUUUUUCGAGUUGGAGAGUCAGGUAGAACUGACGGAGGAGGAGAUCGAAGGGUUCUCGGAGUUGGAGAGUAAGGUGGAACUGACGGAGGAGAGCGAAGGAUUCUUUGAGGUGGAGAGGAUGAUGAAACUCUUGGACGAGAUCGAAGAGGCGUUGGAGAGUAUGGAGGGACACUUGAUUGAAGGCUUGAUUCACGAUUAG